CAGUUGGCAGCGAACUAAUCACAACUUCUCAUUAGGGCCGUAAAUGUACGGGUAGUUUUCUGCUAAUAUUAACUUCUCAUGUGAUGAAAUCAGCCGACCAGGAUGAUUCCUUCGACUAUCUUUUCAAAAUAGUUUUAAUCGGUGAUCCAGGAGUCGGAAAAACAUGCAUUGUACAGCGGUUCAAAAAGGGGACUUUCGUCGAGCGACACGGCAGCACAAUUGGGGUCGAUUUUACAAUGAAGACAGUUCUUGUUGACGCAAAAAAAGUCAAGUUACAAGUGUGGGACACUGCUGGCCAGGAAAGAUUCAGAACGAUUACUCAAAGUUACUACAGAAGUGCUAAUGCUGUUGUAGUAACUUACGACAUUACCAAAAAAGAUACUUUCAAGAAUGUUGUGCGAUGGACAGAAGAUGUGAAAAAAUACGCUCCAGCUAAUGUUAUUAAAUUACUAGUAGGAAACAAAACAGAUAUUGCUGAAAACCGGGAGGUCACCCUUGAAGAGGCACGGUCCUGUGCUGCACAUUAUAACAUGAUUGACACCCUUGAAGCUUCGGCAAAGGAUGCAACAAAUAUUGAAAAUGCGUUCAUGCGGGUUGCAAGAGAAUUGAAAAGUCGUUACGAAAAUGGCUCUCAACUUCAAGCAAACAUCAUGGAUGAUGCUGUGAUUUUAGAAUCAAGAAGUGUAGACUCAAAGUGGUGUGGUUGUGGUUGAACAAUCUGUUGUCCUGUUAAAGAGUUUUGAGCUAGAGAAGUUAGAUAUUAAACAGUGAGUGUUUGGUGUAGAGUGUCAAAACUGCAGCUGUUACACCAAAGUAUUGACCUCAUUCAGACUUAAACAGAUAUCUCUGAAAUCAGAUGUUUUGAAAAUAAUGGUGUACACAUAGCAUGUUUCAAUUGCUUUUAUCAUUUCAGUGGUAGACUAUGAGCAGCUCCAGCUUUCCAGUGAAGUCUACUGCACAAGUAAAAAAAGUCAGUUAAAAAGAAUUGAUGUUAGUUCGCCCCACUUAACUCAUGGAGCAAGGUGCCCAAAAAAUUUUUUUUUGGUAUUUCAAGCAAGCCACCCAGAAACUAUCCACUUCAGACUCAGAGACUUUCAUCCUGUACUCCCUAGGCUCUUUAUGGUGCACUUAAAUCAGUUUUUUUUUUCACUGACUUUUUUUGUGACAGACUUUGCUGAAAAGGAGGAAGUGCUUAUAAGCUAGUCCGAUGGUAUCUACCAAUGACAUUGUGUAAAAAUUAUAUUUAUAAGUUAGUAGAAAUAUUUCCAAUUGAACUUUUCUUGAUCUAAGCAAGAUCAAACUUUUGUUUGUUUGCUUAGUUCAAAUUGUGUCUUACCUAUGUUUGUUUGUUUUGUAUUAUUGGUAUUUUACAUUUGUGGUGAUUGCAUUUGUGGUGAUUGUGCAUGAAUCUGCUUUGGGUUUUUGUCGGUAAAUGUAAUUAAGAAUGUUAUUCUCAUUUUUCAUUCUUGGGCUCUAAAUGUUUUCCUUUGGUUUUCCAAAUGAUUUGAACUGUAUAGUAAAGUUGUCUGUCGAAAGUGUACCAGUAUUUGAGAGGAGAAAAACAUGUUAUUAACGUGUUUAUAAUUACAAGUUUUUUGCUAAUUUCCACCUUUCAUUUGGAUUGGUUCAACUUCUCUACAAGUGAUCUUUUAGAGAGGGAUGUCAAAAUGACAUUUUGUCUCUGACCCUGAUAAAUUUUAGAUGUGAAACAAAAAUAUUAUUUAAUACCCUUCUUUGCCAUGUUUCUGCUUAACAGUAUAUUACAAGAAACCUUAAAAUUUGGUGACAUUUGUGGCUAGCUAUUGGUGUGAUAAAUUUUUGUUCUUACUGAAUUUGAUGUCAUCAGUAAUUUAUUGCAGUUGUAGUUGGACAUCUUCAUGAAAUGUAUUUUUAUUUUAUUUAUUAUUCCACAUGGAAUUCUACAUUGUAAAAUUAUUCUGUGAUUACCUCUUCAUAAUGUAUAAUCAUCAGUCA